UUUGGCAGAUGUACUUUUUGUCAUGCCUGAACCAGCGAAAUCGGCCCCUGCUCCUAAGAAGGGCUCCAAAAAGGCGGUGACCAAGGCGCAGAAAAAGGACGGCAAGAAGCGCAAGCGCAGCCGCAAGGAGAGUUAUUCUGUUUACGUGUACAAGGUUCUGAAGCAAGUCCAUCCUGACACCGGCAUCUCGUCCAAGGCCAUGGGUAUCAUGAACUCCUUCGUCAACGACAUCUUCGAGCGCAUCGCCGGUGAGGCAUCGCGCUUGGCGCAUUACAACAAGCGCUCGACUAUCACCUCUAGAGAGAUCCAGACGGCCGUGCGCCUGCUACUUCCUGGAGAGUUGGCCAAGCACGCGGUGUCCGAGGGCACCAAGGCUGUCACCAAGUACACCAGCUCCAAGUAGAACUUUUCAAGUAGGCGUCUUUGUAUCUAAUCCCAAAGGCUCUUUUAAGAGCCAUCCACUUUUUCUAUUUAAGAGUUGUGAACAUUAAUCUCCUGGGUAAAAGACUUC